GGCCGCGGGGGGCGGCGGGGCCAUGCGGAGCCCGGGCUGAGGCGCCGCGGCCGCCCCUCGCCAUGAAGCGGCAGAACCUGCGGACGGCCGCGCUCAUCCUCUGCAUCUUCUCCUACCUGCUGGUGGGCGCCGCCGUCUUCGAUGCGCUGGAGUCGGAGGCGGAGAGCGGCCGCAAGCGGCUGCUGGAGCAGAAGCGCGGGGAGCUGCGGAGGAAGUACCGCUUCUCCGCCGACGACUACCGGGAGCUGGAGCGGCUGGUGCUGCAGGCCGAGCCGCACCGCGCCGGGCGCCAGUGGAAGUUCGCCGGCUCCUUCUACUUCGCCAUCACGGUUAUCACCACCAUCGGCUAUGGGCACGCUGCCCCAGGCACAGACGCCGGCAAAGUUUUCUGCAUGUUCUAUGCCAUCCUGGGAAUCCCCCUGACACUGGUCAUGUUCCAGAGCCUGGGGGAGCGCAUGAACACUGUCGUGCGGCUACUGCUCAAGAAGAUCAAGAAAUGUCUGGGCAUGAGGACAACCAACGUCUCCAUGGAGAACAUGGUCCUAGUCGGCUUUCUGUCCUGCAUGGGGACCCUGUGCAUCGGUGCAGCAGCCUUCUCUUAUUUUGAGGGCUGGACUUUCUUUCAUGCUUACUACUACUGCUUCAUAACCUUGACCACUAUUGGCUUUGGAGACUUUGUGGCUCUGCAGAAGAAUGAGGCUUUGCAAAAGAAGCCCCCGUACGUGGCUUUCAGCUUCAUGUACAUCCUGGUAGGCCUGACCGUCAUCGGUGCCUUCCUCAACCUGGUGGUGCUGCGGUUUCUGACAAUGAACUCGGAGGAUGAGCGGCGGGAUGCCGAAGAGCGAGCCUCACUGAGGAGAGCCCAGAACAACAUCCACCUCAAGCCGAAAGCGGACAGCCAGAGCAGCAAUGCUAUUUUUCUCCCCGUGGAGGACAGGACAAGCCAGAUGAACCUCAUCCCGCUGAUGCAGGAGGAUGCGGAGAGGCAGCGGCGCCAGUUGGCCAACUCGGCGGCUGCGGUGCCCUCCUUCUGCACGUGCCUGUGCUACAGACCUCAGCUGUGCGGCAGCCCGGUACCCUCCCACCCGGAGACCCUGAGCUGCCACACCAACCCCGUGUAUUACAACUCCAUUUCCUACAAAAUCGACGAGGUGUCCCUGAGCACACGGGGUCAGACCGGCUCUUCCCCAGGGAGCACUUUAUCAUCCAACAGCACUCGCUGCCGGCAACACCCCCGGCUGCGGAGGAAAUCCAUCUAAGGAGUGUGUGCUGAGCUGUACUCAGUGCUAGAGUCUUACUAUGGUAAAUUAAGAACAGAGAUGUCAGGUCCUUCUUACCGCUCUCAUUUCUUCUGUUCCUCUCCCCUUUCAGCUGGCAGCCAGCCCCAUGCAGGGUCCAGCAGGAGCCUUUAAACCCUGUUGAGAAUUAAUCAUUCCUUUUUGCAGGCAUUGAGUGACAUUGUUAGUUUUUCUUUGCUUUUUCCUCCCAAGUAGGUUCAAGCAUUUGGGUCUGGCAAGAGGCCCCCCGAUGUGAAGUCCAGCAAGCUGUAGGUUUGCUUUCCCACCUCCCUGCUCCCCAAACAGAGGCGUUGCUGCCCUCCCACCCUGCCUAACCUUUGCUGUGGCUGCUGCCAGCACACGCCUCUUGCUACACGGGCUGGAUUGCACUUGCUGAGAGCAUAUCAAAAGCAAAGCCUGUCUUAGUGAGCCCUGCAGGGUUGAAGAUCUUUAAGUUGUCCCCCAGCAGCGGGUGCAGGUAAGUCAGUGCACACAGGAGGUUUGCAGCUGGUGGGUGGCCAGGAGGGGACAGGCUGCAGUCCUGCCGCUCAGCGCAUGGGGACAGCUUCAUGGCACUGCAUCUCCCACGACCAGCCCUCCAGGUCUAAGCUCGGGCUUGCGGCUGGCUCAGUACUUUUGGAAGCUGGAGGUCCAUGCACUUACCCACCAGCACACCUCACCUCACGGCUGGUAGGUCCUCCAGGCUGAGAUGGCUGUUGAGAUACUGCAUCCCAUUUGCAGGGGAAGCUGAACUCCUCCAACCCAUAGCCCUCCUCUGUGAUGAGCCCAGACUGUGCUAAGGACACAGCCCCAGGGAGAGCCUCCCUGAGCCAUGUAUAGCCACCUGCAGAGGGUUUGUCCUUGCUGAGAUCGGUAGCUAAAAUCACCCUUUCCAUCAGCACCUUUCCUCCAGUGGUCAGCCCAGCAAGCAUGCCUGCUCCUCGCCUCCUCCCAGUCCCCAUGAGCCAUGGGUUUGUGCUCACUGCUGCUGGCGUUAUCAGAGGUGGGGUGAUCAUAUCUUGGUGUGUGUCCCCAGGUGGGAUGCGGUACCUGCACAGCCCCACCCUGGUGCCCCCUGACAUGGCCCAUGUCCAUCCUGCCUCAUCUGCCAGAAAGCAGGACUGGGCUCUGACAGUGGUAGGAGCUCCAUUUCCGUUUUUUCCUCACUAAAGGGGCAUUUUCACUUAUAGUUCUAUCUAAAAUACCCUCUAAGGGGGGAUUUCCUGGAGGAGGAUACCCUUCUUGUGGGGAAGGCAUGCAGAGUGCCAGCAUUUGGAAAGCCUCAGGGCAAGUUUUGCUCUCUCCUCUUUUUGUUCUGGGCAGUUUAAUAAAAGGUGAUUCCAGCU